GGACAUUUUGACGUAUUUUUUGUUGGUUUGUACAAGAGGUGCAAUUUGUUGUCGCUCUUGGACGCCUUCCAUUUUUGACGUCGUGGUGAUUGGUUUGGUGCUAUGGGGACACUCCAUGGGCGUGGCUCUACACCAAAAUUGUUAGGCUCAUCUCAUCUCAACAGGGGUGAGAUUCACCCAUGAAGGGUGAAGGACGACAAUCUCAUACAUAAAUCGACAAUAUUUCUCCGCAUCGUGGCCAAAGCGAUUUCUAACAAGCUUAUAUCUCUUGAUGAAGUAAAAGGGUACAAAGGCGGUCGGAACUCUGUGUGGGAAAGCUGGGCAGAUCACCAAGUUGUAUCGGGUUGACACGUCGUUACUGUGUUGCUGAGCUUGACCGAGAAGGGAAGAUUGAAAACAAUUCCAAAAAGCAAAUGGUUAUCGACACACAAUCGACUUGAAAAUUGAUCAGACGGGCAAGACAGGAAGACAUGACGAAACCAUCAGGCACGGGCCAACCAGAGCCACCAGCAACAUCAUCCUCAGGUGUUUCUUCCUUGGUAACGACCUUUUUCGACCGCCCACUCCCCCUCUACCUAUCCGCCGCAAUAUUUCGUCUGGUUUUUCUCCUUUAUGGCCUCUGGCAGGACGCAAACUCCCCCGUCAAAUACACCGACAUCGACUACCUCGUCUUCACCGAUGCCGCACGCUUCGUCUCCCAAGGGCAGAGCCCCUAUGAGCGAGAGACGUACCGCUACACUCCAGUCCUGGCCUGGCUUCUUCUCCCAACAGCCCAUGUUACCGGAAACCGGAUCCUAGACGUUGCAUUCUUCAGCUUUGGCAAGGUUCUCUUUGCCAUAUCAGACUUGGUAGCAGGAUGGCUUCUAGAAAAGGUGCUCGCCAAAUCCAUGGAUGCCCCUCGAGCCCGCAAAUUCGCCACCAUCUGGCUUCUCAACCCGAUGGUAGCCACCAUCAGCACAAGAGGAAGCUCUGAAGGUCUUCUCGGAGUGCUAGUCAUGGCACUACUAUGGGCCGUGUUGGAAAGACGUGUCACCUUGGCCGGUCUAUUGCUCGGCUUCAGCGUACAUUUCAAAAUCUACCCCUUUAUCUACGCCCCCGCCAUCGUCUGGUGGAUGGACAACGAAAGAAGAUCCCCCAAUAAGACCAAACCCACCAGUCUAUCAUCCAAACCACCCUCACUCACCGCCAAAAUCCUCAACUUCAUCACCCCACCCCGCCUCCAACUCGCCCUCAUCAGCCUAACCACCUUCUCAACCCUCAACAUAGCAAUGUACCUCGUGCUACGGCACCCCUUCCUCCAGGAAACCUACCUCCACCACGUAACCCGCCUCGACCACCGCCACAACUUCUCCCCCUACAACACCCAACUCUACCUCUCCUCCUCCCUCCCCCUUUCUUCAUCAUCUUCCUUCCGCAUCGAAAAACUAGCCUUCCUCCCCCAACUCCUCCUCUCAACAGUCUUCAUCCCGCUCGUCACUGCCAAAAAAUCCCUCCCCACCUCCAUGCUCGCCCAGACGUUCGCCUUUGUCACCUUCAACAAGGUCUGCACGAGUCAGUAUUUUUUGUGGUAUAUGGUCCUGCUCCCGCUGUACCUCCCCCAGUCGAGCUUUGUGAAGAAUAAGAGGUUCGGGCUCGCGGCGCUGGUGCUGUGGGUGGUGGCGCAGGGUGCGUGGCUGCAGCAGGGGUUUGAGCUGGAGUUUUUGGGGAAUAGCACCUAUUUGCUGGGCUUGUGGCUGGCGAGCUUGGCGUUUUUUGGGGUGAAUUGUUGGAUUUUGGGGGUGAUUAUUGGGGAUGUGAGGUAAAGCAGUGAAGAAGACGGGUUUGUGGUAGAAAGGGGGUUUUGUGUGGGAAAAAGUGGAAGGUGGUUGGUAUGGAAAUGAGGAG